AUGGCAACUUCUUACAAUACAAUACGAGUACUCGAAACCUUUAUAUUGUUCUGCUGUUUUUGUAGUCUUGUAAGCAGCGACAGCAGAGAUUCAUUCAUUGCUAGACAAAUCAGCAACAGUGUGGGUUGUUCGAGUACUGGAAAUGCUAGCGAUGCCUUCAGAAACAAUGUAAAUCUUCUUCUAUCUGAUUUCAUCGAACAUUCCUCUGCUAACAACUACUACAACACUAGCAUCGGCGACAGCUCUGAUCGAGUUUAUGGCUACUACAUGUGUCGAGCUGAUGUUGACCUCAAAACUUGUAGCAGUUGCAUACUUAACGGUACACAAUCUGUUAUGGAAUCAACCUGUAUAGAGCAUGAAGACGUGAUUCUCUUCUCGCAGUUGUGCAUCUUUCGAUACACAAACUACAGUACAUAUGGCAUGUUCGAGGGUGCACUAUCAGGGUCCGAUCAUAUUGACGCAAAUGUAUCGAACUACCAGCAGUUUAAUCGAACAUUGUCAUCGACGUUGAAAAAUCUUAUCAACGAGACUGCUUUUGGAAGCGAAAACAAUGGAUCUAGAUUGCGUUUCGCUACCAUAGAAGCCCGUGUAACAGAAGAUGAGACAAUCUAUAGCUUGGCUCAAUGCACACCUGAUAUAGCCGGCGUAAAUUGUAGUCGAUGUUUACAAAUUGGAGUCUCUGACUUCAGCCGCUCUGCUAAUCUAUCUCCAGCUGCUUAUACUUUAAAGAACAAAUGUUACAUCAGAUAUGAUAAUGUCUCUUUCUAUGAUUUCGGAGACUCGAAUGUCAAUGCAGCUAAGUCCUCCUUGUCGCACCCACCCGAGAGUUUCUUCAAGACCAAUGUAGGUGAAGUUUCCGAAAGGGCUUAUGGUUCGUAUCUUUGUCGAGGUGAUCUUAGUGCUAAAACAUGUAGCAAUUGCUUAGAGAAGUGUAUUGUGUACAACGUGGAUUUGAAGUGCAUAGUACACUAUGCAAAUAGCUCGAAACCGUCCAUCAACACAACUAUCGUCAGUGAAGAAUCCUCGGAUUACUUGAAUAAUCACCCACUUUACAACAUGACAUUGUCAAAUAACAUACAAGAACUCAUCAGAGAAGCUGCCUAUGGCAACUGGACCAAGUUUAAUUUCGAGACCAAGACCAUCGAUGUAACGGGAUCCGAUGAGAAAAUUAACAUACUUGUUCAAUGCACGCCUGAUAUAUCUGCUAUGAACUGCAGCAGCUGCUUAAGUGAUUUGUACUAUAGUCUUCGGCCUGACGGUGUAGGUGGAGGAAUUUUCAGUUCUCAUUGUUUGCUCAAGGACAAUAAUCAGCCUUUUUUUCGAACCAAAAAAUAG